AUCGGAGAGGAUCACAGCUGGCCACGGAUCUCGAUGCUGCAUUCGGGCUGUACAUGAACGGUGCAGCCACCAACCCUGACUGUCAUGUUCUGGCCUAUGCUGGAGCUCAGGUGAAGAAGGGGCUGGAUACUGCUCAGAAGCUGGGUACACAAAACUUUGUGUUUUGGGGAGGAAGGGAAGGCUUCCUUACCAUCCACAAUACUGAUGUUGCUGCUGAACUGAAGCACAUGGCUAACUUCUUCAAAAUGGCUGUCAAGUACAGAGAGAAGAUUGGCUUGAAGUGUCAGUUCCUUAUUGAACCCAAGCCUAAGGAGCCCUGCAAACACCAGUAUGACUAUGAUGCUGUGAGUGUCAUCGGAUUCCUGAAGCAUUAUGGUCUGGAGAAUGACUUUAUGUUGAACAUCGAGCCAAACCACACCACCCUGGCAGGACACUCUUAUGAACAUGAUGUAGUCAUGGCCUCCGCGUUUGGCAUGCUGGGGUCAGUCGACUCCAACACGGGCUCUCCUGACCUGGGCUGGGACACAGACCAGUUCCCCAUGGACAUCAGGAACACCACCUUGCUCAUGAAGACCAUCAUUGAACAAGGUGGUCUGCAGCCUGGGGGCCUGAACUUUGAUGCUAAGGUGCACAGGGAGUCCACAGACCUGGAGGACCUGUUCAUCGCUCACAUCAGAGCCAUGGACACCUUCGCAAGAGGACUCCGAAAUGCUGUUCGUAUUAUCGAGGAUGGGAUCAUCCCUGGCAUGGUGAAGAAUCGAUACUCAAGCUUCAGCCAUGGCAUUGGGCAGAAAGUGGAGGAGGGUUCUGCCUCAUUAGAGGAAAUGGAGGACUUCAUCAAGCAGAACGGUGAACCGAAAGUAACUUCGGGGAAGCAGGAAAAAUAUGAAUCCAUCUUCAAUCACUACAUAUAAUAAAAGCACCACUCUUCUAUGUCUUCUGUGGCCUUAAACACAGUGAUUUAAAGGUAAAGACCUUUUUAAUUUGUAGAUUUUUCACAAAAGAAUAACAAAAAUAGAUUCUGAACACUGCAAGUAGAGAGGUCAAAUAAAGGAUCCUUGACAGACUAACAGACUUCGAUAUAAUAUUUUAGGAUCUGUGUAUCAGUAUGUAAUUGUAGUGCUUUUGACAUAUUAUCUGGUACCUUAUUCACUGAAAGGCUAGUUUCAUUAAGCUGAUGACUACUGAUGUUUACUAUGAAAUAAAACACAU